AUGACUGGAACUUAUAAGACAAACAAAAAGAAAGGAAACAUACCCGUCGAGUAUGAAUGUCCGCUGAAUAUUCUGCCUCGCAAUAUAUGGGUGAGGAUUGCAACGAAGGUUGCAUCGAAUUCGAUCCAUGACCUGUUCAACAUGCAGGCUACUUGCAAGGUGUUUCUUGAUGCAGGUAGUUCCGACGCUGUGUACCAACAUGCGACAAUGUGGCAGAUACGGCUAAUCUCCUUUUUAUUUUACCUUGACCGGCCUGAAAGGAGGUUUCUCGAUCGCUGCAUGGAAGCAAGAAAUGCGGAUGUUAUACUCCGGCAGGGGUUGACGGAGUAUUUCUGGAUUGACCACUGUGGCAUUGAGAUGGAACUUCUUGCUAGGGCCUCGAUGGAGGGCAACAUCGAAUUAGGUUAG